CAAGCAAGAAUUUAGCCUUUCUGUGUCUGGCCAGUCUUUUAGCUUGAUGCAUGCAUGUCCAUGCUGUCAUUUCCAGAACAUUUACCUUAUAUUCUCUUUAAUUUUUUAUUUUUUUAAAAAAAUAGCCACAGUACUGGAACAAGCAUUUGUCUUGCAUGCCAAGCAAGUUUAUCCAGUCUCUACGGAUCCUUUUUUCUAGAUAGGCGAGGCAGGAGUUUGUUUUUGUUCUGGUUUUUGGAAAACGAAAGAGGAAAUGAAGAUAGAUGAAGAUCUGGGUCCUGAUCGCGAAGACCAAUUCCAAACAGACGAUGAGGAAAACCAGGGUGAAAGGUUUUGUCAAAGUGAUUCAGAUUCAGAAUCUGAUAGCAUGGAUUCUUCACAGUACCUCUCCAACAACAGUUUUGACGUUACCACUCCAUCAUGGCCUCAGAGUUACAGGAAGUCGAUAGACUUGCUUACCGGUACGACACCUCCUUCAGUUAACAUCUUGAAAGGGACCAGUAGUAUGGCGGGGAAAACCAGUUCUUUAACUUCAGUUUAUAAGAGACGUCAAGGUUCAGAAGUGGAUUCUUCUCUAAGUAGCCCAUUCAUCUCCGAACAAAGUUUAGGCAAAGAAGUACCAAGCUUCAUACUGCCUGUGAAGUCAUCUGCAUCUUCUCAUUCGAGAUUUUCUGUUAAUGAAUUGGCACCACCAGAUCAAAAAGCUUCAUUAGCUCAAUCAAUACUCAAUGGAACAAAUGUUUUGUGCGGCAUCGGACUCCUUACAAUGCCUUACGCAAUCAAAGAAGGAGGGUGGUUGAGCCUCAUAAUACUCUCACUAUUUGGUGUCAUCUGCUGCUACACUGGGAUAUUAUUGAAAAAUUGUUUAGAAAGCUCUCCUGGACUACAAACUUACCCUGAUAUUGGACAAGCUGCUUUUGGAGUGGGUGGGCGCUUAGUGAUAUCAAUGGUAUUAUACGUUGAAUUAUAUGCUUCGUGUGUGGAGUACGUAAUCAUGAUGAGUGAUAACUUGUCAACAUUAUUCCCAAACAUGUACAUGGAUUUUGCGGGAAUACAUCUGGAUUGUCAUCAAAUCUUCUCCAUCACGGCAACUCUCAUUGUUCUUCCAACAGUGUGGCUUCGAGACCUAAGUUUGCUGUCAUACCUUUCAGUUGGAGGAGUAGUUGCAUCAAUUAUAGUUGCUCUCUGCUUGUUAUGGACUGGGGUGAUCGACAAAAUUGGAUUUCAUCCAACUGGAACAGCUCUAGACCUUGCAAACUUGCCUGUUGCAAUUGGUAUAUAUGGUUUCGGCUUCUCUGGCCAUUCAGUUUUUCCAAAUAUUUACUCUUCUAUGAAAGAACCAUCAAGGUUUCCAACAGUUUUAAUUACCAGCUUCAUUUUUUGUUGGCUUAUGUACACUGGAGCAGCAAUAUGUGGCUUUCUGAUGUUCGGGAACUCGAUCGAAUCUCAGUAUACUUUAAACAUGCCAGCACAAUUUGUGUCUUCUAAAGUUGCAGUCUGGACAGCAGUUGUUAACCCGAUGACCAAGUAUGCCUUGGUGAUGAUGCCUGUUGCACUGAGUUUAGAGGAACUCGUGCCUUCAGGCCGGUUUAGCUCUUACGGCGUGUCAUUAAUCAUCAGAACAAUCCUAGUGACCUCGACUUUAGCUGUGGCACUAGCAGUUCCAUUCUUUGGUUUUGUGAUGGCCUUAAUUGGAUCUUUACUUGCAAUGCUCGUGGCUGUUAUCUUCCCAUGUGUAUGUUAUCUCAGUAUACUCCAUGAAAGAUUAACUAAGUUGCAGAUAGCAGCUUGCCUUUUCACCACUGGCGUGGGGGUGUUGUUUGCUUGCGUUGGCACAUAUUCAGCGAUUACAAGAAUAGCCGGCAAACUUGGCUGACGGGAUCGGAAUGAAUCAAACAGACACAAAGAAAGACAAAAUCUUAUUGAAAAUGUUCUCACUAACAAUAACUCUAUUUCAUAUUUUAUUCCCUCUGUAAAGAACGUCAAUGACUGAUCUUAACAAGGAAAAAAACAAUCAAAAUCCUACUGAAAAAAGAAAAAACAACAAAAACUUUGAAAAUAGACUUUCAAUCCAAAAAAAAUUAAUAAAAUCAACUUAAUCAACAUCUUUUAAAUUUGAUUUAGGGUUUUUUUGGACCUCAGUUGAUUACAACUAGUAAAUUUUCUUAUAAAACUAUGCUUGUAUAAUCUCUAUUCAAAUUUAAACCUGAUGCAAUUAUUGAAUGUGAA